UUUUUUUGGAAAUGGUUAAGUACGCGAAGAAGUUGAGGGACUUUGGGAAAUGCGCCAAGGGGGCGGGUAUGGAUUUAAGGGUCCACUUUAAAAACACGUACGAAACGGCGAGGGCUAUAAGGAGAAUGAAAUUGUUGGACGCGAAAAAGUACCUGAAUGACGUCAUCGAGAAGAAGAGGUGUGUGCCGUUUCGUAGGUACAACGGAGGUGUUGGAAGGACGAACCAAGCCAAGGAGUUUAACCACACGCAGGGAAGAUGGCCCGCGAAAUCGUGCAAGUUUCUGUUAAACGUGUUGGAUAAUGUUCAGGCCAAUGCAGAGGCAAGAAACCUGGAAGUGAGCAAGCUGAGGCUAAUCCACGUGAUGGUGAACAGAGCCCGUGCAGGACGAAGAAGAACGUUUAAGGCCCACGGUCGAAUCAACCCCUUCAUGUCAUCCCCGUGCCACAUCCAAGUAAUCGCAAAGGAGAUUUCCAAGCCAGCGAAAAAGUCCCUCCUGACAAACGCGGAAAAGCAGAAAGAACUCCCCUUCAAAAUUACCUUAAAAAAAUUGAUCAAAUUAAACAUUUCGAAGAAGAACUUUGCAAAGAAUAAGAAGAAGGCCGUAAAUUAAUUUUACAAAUUGCAUGCACGUUGGAACAUUUUAACUUUGACCUGAAUUUUAUUUUUCCCCCUUUUUUUUUUUUUUUUUUCAAAAUGUUGCUGUGUUGAGUGCUAACCGUUAGCGCGAAAUUGGGGGUGUGUCUGUGAAAAGCGCUUAAAAAGGAAGAAGACGUAGAGCGGCAAUCAUCCAUGUAGAUGCAUAUGCAUAUGUACGUUUGUACAUAUAUAACCUGUGCAUGCUAUGCAUGAUCGAACGGAACAAACUAAAUGCACAACUAUAUAAAAUUAAAAAAAAAAAAAAUAGUAUUAUUUUU